UCUUGGAUGCCUGCGAGCUAUGAGUCGCCUGAGGUUGCGAGUGCAUUGACGCCACACCAAAUACGCCAGAGAUAUCGGGACACGUCGCUGGUCAUUUUUAAAGAACAACAACAAUAUCAAUUGCGAAAAAUACGUGAAAGCGAACGGGAUCUUACAUCGUAUCUAAGUUUUGGUAACAAUCGAAGAGUCAUGACGUACAAUAGCAACGGCAACGAGCCUGUAGUGGUCCACAGGAGCACAACUAAUGCCGUACAGAGAGCAAACAACUAUGUCGAACUAUCCUCGCAAAUUUUCAGGAUACAUCGGAAGCCUCGUGACAGUUGCGCAAUUACUUGACUUCUUUUUUUUUCUCUUCU